GCAAGAUGGCAGUUGCGCUAGAGGCGCGAAACGGCCGAUGAACUGAGGGACUAACUCACGGGGAAAGUGCUUUAUGAGAACAUUUUCUGUUAGUUCGACCGUUUGUUUACGCGUUUGUUGUGUAAAAGCUGUAGUUAUAGCCGUGUGUUGAGCGAGCGCGGCUGAAUCCAAUCACAGCAAGUAAACGGACUGUCCCGUUCCGGCGGAGGUCGACGCGACGCGGCGCGGCGCGAUGUCUCUGCUGUGCGUCGGCGUGAAGAAGGCCAAAUAUGAUGGACCCCAGGAGAAAUUCAACACAUACGUGACUUUAAAGGUUCAGAAUGUGAAAAGUACGACCAUCGCAGUACGUGGCAGCCAACCCAGCUGGGAGCAAGACUUCAUGUUUGAGAUAAAUCGUCUGGAUCUGGGCCUGACGGUGGAGGUGUGGAAUAAAGGACUGAUUUGGGACACCAUGGUGGGCUACGUUUGGAUCCCACUGCAGAGUAUCCGCCAAUCAAACGAGGAAGGACCAGGCGAAUGGCUGACUCUAGAUUCUCAGGUCAUAAUGGCGGAUAAUGAAAUCUGUGGCACCAAAGAUCCAACAUUUCACAGUUUGCUUCUGGACACGCGCUUCGAGCUGCCUCUGGACAUCCCAGAAGAAGAGGCUCGAUACUGGGCAAAGAAACUGGAGCAGCUCAAUGCCAUGCGAGACCAGGAUUAUUCCUAUCAGGAGGUUCAGGAGAGGCCUCUGUCAGUCCCGGGAACACAGUGCUGUAACUGGUGGGGCGACCAGCAGAACAAUGAUCCAGACAGCGCGAUGGAUGACCGAGACAGUGAUUACCGCAGUGAGACCAGUAACAGCAUCCCACCGCCGUACUACACCACAUCACAACCCAACGCCUCGGUCCACCAGUAUCCCAUGAGCCACCAGCACCGCGGUCCCCGUGCCCCAUACACACGCUCCAACAACUGCGACCUGGACUACGAUCACCCGAGGGGCGUCAGCCCGACCGGGAGCUAUGCAUCCUCAGCCGAGCUCAGUCACUGCAGUUCCCAACUGAGCGAAGAGUACGGCGAGCGAGAACUUUACGACGAGAACGACUCGUACCACUCCUGCCACUCGUCCGUGUCCUACAGCAAGGGCUCGCCGGACUGGGACGAGACGCAGGGCGCCUACAGCGAUGAAUGCGCCUACAGUAAAGAUGGAGGAGAAGAAGGUGCUCUAUUCGAGGAAGAAGAUGCUGACCUGUAUCCAGAAGAGGUGGACAUGUACGAGGGCGAGGAGGACUUCAACUAUGUCGAUGAAGAUUUGUAUCCGGUGGACGAGGACCAAGAGCUUUCGUUCACACCAACUCCAACCAGCAUCGCCCCAAUACUGGAGGUCCCAUCAGCCGCGAGACCCCCUCUGGAGAAACAGGCCUCGCUUCAUCAACAGUCUCAAAACGCCAGCCAACCAUCCAAUAAGACACAACCCCAACCUCAAAUCAAACCCCCAAACCAGCAAGUUCCCACCUCCCAAAAACAAGCACCGCCCCAACAGCAGUCCUCAGGCCCCAUCCCUUCGGUUCAGUCUUUCUUCGCCAUGGCUAAGCCGUUGACUGCUGUGUUUGGGUUGGGUGGAUCUACUUCUUCACCAACACCUCCUGCACCAAAAACUCAAUCCCAACCUCCACCAGCACAAUCCCAGCCUCCAGUGACUCAACCUCCUGCUCCUGCACCUAUCCAACAGAUGCCUCCACCUGAAACCAAAUCCCCUGAGCUUCCCGCUCCUGCCCCAACAUCCAUCUCCAAACCUGCACCCGAACCUAAACCUCCAACCCCGACCGAGGAGAAACUGCCCUCAGUAGAGCCACCGAUGGAGGAGGAGCCUCCACUUCAAGAAGACGACGCUGUCAUGGAAGAACCUCCAAAAGAGGAAAUAAAGAUUGAGAGUCCGCCUCCAUCUCCUACUUUCGAAGAGGAGGAACCGGAACCGGAACCUGAACCUGAGAGUGAAGCGGUGAAGGAGGAGUUGAAGGAGCCGGUGGACCCAGCGGUCAGAGCUAAGGAGAACUGGCUACGACUCUUUGAGAAAGUCCGUCAACAGUUACAGGAGGCACGAGGAGAAACAGACUCUCAGUCGCUGUGGUUCGGUAAAGGAGGGAUGGGUGGAGCGCUGUACAGCAUUGACAGCAUGCCUGAUCUGAGGAAGAGGAAGACCAUUCCUCUGGUCAGAGAUCUGGCUAUGUCUUUAGUGCAGAACUCUCGUAAGGCUGGGAUCACGUCUGCUAUGGCCUCUAGCACACUCAACAACGAGGAGCUGAAGAGUCAUGUGUAUAAGAAGACACUGCAGGCUCUGAUCUACCCCAUCUCUUGCACCACGCCGCACAACUUUGAGGUGUGGACGGCCACAACACCCACCUACUGCUACGAGUGCGAGGGUCUGCUGUGGGGAAUUGCGCGUCAGGGCAUGCGCUGCUCCGAGUGCGGCGUCAAGUGCCACGAUAAGUGCCAGGACCUGCUCAACGCCGACUGCCUGCAGAGGGCUGCUGAGAAGAGCUCGAAGCACGGCGCUGAAGACCGAACGCAGAACAUCAUCAUGGUUCUGAAGGACCGCAUGAAGAUCCGCGAGCGCAACAAACCCGAGAUCUUCGAGCUGAUCCAGGAAGUGUUUGACGUUCCCAAAGCGAGCCACGGAACGCAGAUGAAACAAAUCAAGCAGAGCGUUCUGGACGGGACGUCGAAGUGGUCAGCCAAAAUCAGCAUCACAGUGGUUUGUGCUCAGGGUCUGCAGGCGAAGGAUAAGACGGGUUCGAGUGACCCGUAUGUUACAGUACAGGUGGGAAAAACCAAGAAGAGAACCAAGACCAUCUACGGCAAUCUCAAUCCCAUCUGGGAUGAGAGCUUUCACUUUGAGUGUCAUAACUCUUCCGACCGGAUAAAGGUGCGCGUCUGGGACGAGGACGAUGAUAUCAAGUCUCGUGUGAAGCAGCGGUUCAAGCGGGAGUCUGAUGAUUUCCUGGGACAGACCAUCAUAGAAGUGCGAACGCUGAGUGGAGAAAUGGACGUCUGGUACAACCUCGACAAGCGCACGGAUAAGUCGGCCGUGUCCGGAGCGAUCCGCAUGCACAUCAGUGUGGAGAUCAAAGGAGAGGAGACUGUGUCUCCGUACCACGUUCAGUACACCUGCCUGCAUGAGCACAUCUUCCACUACACCACAGAGAAGCAGAACAGCGGCGUGGUGAAGAUCCCUGAUGCCAAAGGCGAUGACGCCUGGAAAGUGUACUUCGAUGAGACGGCGCAGGAGAUCGUGGAUGAGUUUGCUAUGAGAUAUGGAGUGGAAUCGAUCUAUCAGGCCAUGACGCAUUUUGCAUGUUUGUCAUCAAAGUACAUGUGUCCUGGUGUUCCUGCGGUCAUGAGCACACUGCUGGCCAACAUCAACGCUUACUACGCCCAUACGACACAAUCCUCCAACAACGUCUCUGCCUCCGACCGCUUCGCUGCCUCCAACUUUGGGAAAGAGCGCUUUGUGAAGCUUUUGGAUCAGCUGCACAACUCCCUGAGGAUAGACCUCUCUAUGUACAGAAAUAAUUUUCCAGCUAGUAGUCCUGAGAGACUGCAGGACCUGAAGUCCACUGUAGAUCUUCUGACCAGCAUCACUUUCUUCAGGAUGAAGGUGCAGGAGCUGCAGAGUCCACCGAGAGCGAGUCAAGUCGUUAAAGACUGUGUGAAAGCAUGUCUCAACUCGACGUACGAGUACAUCUUUAAUAACUGCCAUGAGCUCUACAGCCGGGAAUACCAGAAUGACCCAUCGAAGACGGUUCCUCCUGAAGAACAGGGUCCGAGUAUCAAGAACCUGGACUUCUGGUCCAAACUCAUCACCCUCAUCGUUUCCAUUAUAGAGGAGGACAAGAACUCUUACACACCCUGCUUGAACCAGUUUCCUCAGGAGCUGAACGUGGGAAAGAUCAGUGCGGAGGUGAUGUGGAACAUGUUUGCUCAGGACAUGAAGUACGCCAUGGAAGAACACGAGAAACACAGACUGUGUAAGAGCGCCGAUUACAUGAACCUGCACUUCAAGGUGAAGUGGCUCUACAACGAAUACUGCAAGGAUCUGCUGUAUUUCCAGAAGCGUGUGCCAGAGUAUCCAGCAUGGUUUGAGCCUUUUGUGAUCCUGUGGCUGGAUGAGAACGAGGAAGUUUCCAGAGAUUUCUUGCACGGUGCUCUGGUCAGAGAUGCAAAGGACGGGUUCCAGCAGACGUCGGAGCACGCGCUCUUCUCCUGUUCGGUGGUGGACGUCUUCUCCCAGCUCAACCAGAGCUUCGAGAUCAUCAGGAAGCUGGAGUGUCCUGACCCUCAGAUCGUUGGGAAUUACAUGAAGAGGUUUGCUAAGACCAUUGGAAAUGUUCUUCUUUCUUACGCCGACAUCAUUGCCAAGGAUUUUCCCACUCACUGCAAGAAGGAGAAAGUGCCUUGCAUCAUUAUUAAUAAUAUCCAGCAGCUGCGAGUCCAGCUGGAGAAGAUGUUUGAAGCCAUGGGAGGCAAAGACUUAAACACGGAGGCCAGUGACUUUCUGAAGGAUCUACAGGUCAAGCUGAACAAUGUGUUGGAUGAUCUCAGCAGGAUAUUCGCAGUGAGUUUCCAGCCGCACAUCGAGGAGAGCGUGAGGCAGAUGGGAGAUAUUCUCAGUCAGGUGAAAGGAGCAAACGUUCCUGCUAACGGUAACGGCAGCUUAGCGCAAGACGCCGACUACGUCCUGCAGCCCAUCAUGGACUUCCUGGACAGCAAUCUGACUCUGUUCGCUAAGAUCUGUGAGAAGACGGUUUUGAAGCGUGUGCUGAAGGAGCUGUGGAAGCUGGUGAUGAACACCAUGGAGAAGACCAUCGUCCUGCCACCGCUGACCGACCAGACGGGCACACAGCUCAUCUUCAACGCUGCUAAAGAGUUGGGUCAGCUCUCCAAACUAAAGGAGCACAUGGUGCGAGAAGAGGCCAAAGCGCUGAGCCCUAAACAGUGUGCAGUCAUCGAGCUUGCUCUGGACACUAUUAAGCAAUACUUCCACGCAGGGGGUGUGGGUCUGAAGAAGACGUUUCUGGAGAAGAGUCCUGAUCUUCAGUCUCUGCGCUAUGCUCUGUCUCUCUACACGCAGGCCACAGAUAAACUCAUCCGGAAGUUCGUCCAGUCGCAGCACACUCAGGUUCACGGCGGUAAAGGCGUUCGAUACACUCACAGUGAGGAUGUUUAUCCAGAGAAGGCCUCAGGCGUGGAGGACGCGGUGGGUGAGGUGUCUAUGACCGUGGAGAUCUUCAGUGACCCGAGCACAGGAGGACACAAGAUCACAGUUAAAGUUGUGGCAGCCAAUGAGCUUCGCUGGCAGACGCAGGGAAUAUUCCGGCCCUUCGUGGAGGUUUACAUCAUCGGGCCGCACCUCAGCGACAAGAAGAGGAAGUUUGCCACCAAAUCCAAGAACAACAGCUGGUCUCCGAAGUUUGCCGAAUCCUUCCAGUUUGUGCUGGGCAGUGAGCUGGGUCCCGAGGGUUACGAGCUGCAGGUGUGUGUGAAGGAUUACUGUUUCGCGCGUGAGGACCGGACCGUGGGGAUGGCUGUGCUUCAGCUGAAGGAGCUGACGUCCAGAAGCAGCGCCGCCGUCUGGCUCCCACUCGGCAAACGCAUCCACAUGGACGAGACGGGGCUCACCGUGCUCCGCAUCCUCUCGCAGCGCAACAACGACGAGGUGGCCAAAGAGUUCGUCAAGCUGAAGUCUGACCAGCGCUCGGCCGAGGAGGGAAGGGGCAGCUGAGGUGGAAAAGCACCAAACGAAAGCAAACUGUCCCACAGCACACAGCUGCUAAACCCAGACACAUGUGCGAUCCCACGGGAUUCAUGCAACAUCAACUCCUGACAAAGAUACGAAGAGUUGAGAUCGCUCACAAAUCUAGUUUUGUCAUUGUGCAUUCCAGUUAAUCUCCAUCAAAGUGCAGUUCGGGGUUAUUUUGAUUAGGAAAAAAAUAACUUAAAAACACUAGCUGACUAGCACAAGUAAAAACAUGAUAGAAUAAUAAAAAACAAGAUUUUUGACAUUAAAUAAAAGGAGUCAUCUGGUUUUGCAAAUAGACUCUUCAUAACUUUGACCCCCGUUUACUUCCAUAACAGACUAUUAGGAUAAAUCAAAACAUCAUUUAAAGUUGUAAUCAUUUUGUUGUGUUUUUAUAAUCUGUAUAUUUUUUUUAAAGUCUAUGUAGUUUUGCUUUUAUUUCAUAAAAUCAUAUUUCAUUUGAUCAUAAAAUAAACUAAAACUUAAGUGAAAUUAAUAAAAAAGGGUGUAGAGAUAUUUUUUACGAAAAUGACUAAACAAAAUGAAACUAAAAUUAUAAUUAUAUAAUUGCAAUUAUAAAUAAUUUAAAAACAACAUUGCGAGAUUUAAUUCAUUACAUUUCGAGAAAAAAGUAGUGUUUCAAGAAAAAAAACUUGUGAGAAAAAUUUACUUACGAAAAUAAAGUCUAAAUUAAAUGUAAAAAAAAAAACAUUAAAUUACGAGACAAAAAAGUAAUAUUUCGAGAGAACAAAUCGUUACAUUUUGAGAAAAAAAGUGACAAUUAUUUGUUGAGAUUAAACUUGUUAAAUUAUGAAAAAAAAGUCAUCGUUUCGAGAAAACUAAAAUCAUUAAAUAAAAAAAGUCAAAAUUAAAUAUUGAGAAUUAACUCAUUUUAAACUCAAAUUUUUAUAAUUAAUUGUUUCAACUUUAGUCAAGUACAUCGAGUUAGUUAAGUUUAAAUGAUAAAUGUUUAUUUGUUCAAAAGUCCUGCCCUUUUUCUCAUUAUAAAUCCUGUUUUUACUUAGAAAUGUCACAUUAUGGAAGUAAAGUGGGUCUGAAAAUGCUCUUUCAUGUUGACUGUAACAUUCUCAAAGUAGAUUUAAUUCUACACACUUUGUUUUGCACUCCAGGGCCACGUUUAAGUUUUACACACAGCCCUAACCUUUAGCACAACGCUGGUUUAAUGUUACGCUGUCUCUUAUUGGUGCAUUACAGACAAACCUGACCAAUCAGAGAUCACAAUACUGCUGAAGGUUCAGUUCACGUCAAAUCAGAGUGUGCGCAAUUUUAACAAGUCUUGAAAGGUACUGGAGCUGCAUGAUUUAUAAAAUAUUAAAUUAAAAUGCAAUAAAUAAAGCGCAGCACUGUGUUCAUUUACACGCGAGCUGCUCGUGAUUUUAGUGUCUCACAAAAUGCUGCUCCACAUUAACAUAAGUUGCUUAUAAUGUGUAUUAAAAAAUGUAAUUUAUACGAAACUUAUGAGAAGCACUUAUAAACCGGCUUUUGUUUGUUCUUUCAGAUCGAUUCUGACUUGACGUGAACACACAAGAUGAUAAUGUUGAGAUGAUGCAAUACUCCUCGUGAUAAAAAAACAUUUGCCUUCACAUGCACAAAUGUUACCCACAAUGCAUUGCGGCCUUGAGACGCCCAGAAGCAUAUCCGCUGACUCGGGCUUCGAUUGGUUUGCUCUCUCUGGAAUAUUUUGCACUUUCUGCAUGUAGUCUCGUGCUCUUGGUGUCUGUCUCUCGUCUCCAGCAUGUGAAGAUGAGCCUUACCUACACUGUGACUCACUACAGAGCACACGCUGUGCAUUAUGGGCCUUUUGUUUGUUUGUUUGUGGAGCUACAUCUUUUCUCUGCAGAGCAUCCAGAAACACUCAGUAAUGAUGGAGGAGGAGGAGUUUAUAUUCUUCCAGGCUGAUGUGUCAGAAGUGAUUGUUGUGCAGUGAAACUGCUAUAUUGUUCAUUUUUAUAUUUUAAAAUUAUGCUUAAAUUUUUUGUUGUUUUUAAUUUUUUUGUGUUCUUUAUACAUUUUUGCAGUAGAUUUAAUGAAUUUUUAUUUAAUUUUAGUUAUAUUGGUGAAGUGAAAAUGUUUUUUAGAAUUCAUUUUAAGUUUUUUUAUU